AUGGCUCCGAUAAUACCAGGCAUUGUCCUAAUAUAUAAAGUUGAAAGCACCCCCGCUGCCUGGACACUGCCCGUGCAGCACAGCUCCGAGUUCCCCGUUCCGGUGCUGGAAGGCGGCCCUGACGGAGCUACAGCAUCUGCAUCUCCGCCCGCAUCUCCACCGCCAGCGCCGCCUGCAUCUCCACGUGCCACGUGCUGCGGAGGGCCUAGUGCCGCCGUCCCAUCCCCUGAUCCGGCAAGAGGCAGUCACAUUGACUGUAUUCUGCAUUUUCUGCUUUGGGGAAGAGGGGAAUCAACGCUUACCCGUGACCAGAGGGUUGAAACGCUUCUUAAUUUUUGUGAAGUAGAGCUGGAUUUUGAGGUGCUGCUCUGUGGCCUGGUUAUGCGGAAACUUACGUUGUCUAACCGACUCAAGAGUUUUGUCAGCGAAUGA